AUGUCAUGGCGUUUGUCUUUUCGUUGCUCAAAGUUUCGCCAUGUUUUUGGAAAGCCUUCCACGAAGGAGAACAGCUAUGACGGGGUGCCAAUCACACGCAGCGUCCAUGACAACCACUACUGUUCAGCCAAUCCCUGCUUCAUCGCUGUAGUGACAGAGUGCGCUGGGGGCGGGUCCUUUUUAGUCCUUCCAGUCCAUCAUGUAUGUAGAUUUUGAAUAAACGGGUAAAAAUGUUCUCCUCUUUUGAAGCGGUUUCUGACCUUAAAGGGUUUAUCUUGAAAUACUUGACUCUUGCUGUCAGACAGGCAGGGUGGACCCCCAGCAUCCUCGGGUGUGUGGUCACAGUGGGAGGGUCUUGGACGUCAAGUGGAACCCGUUUGAUGAUCACUGCAUCGCCUCGAGUUCAGAGGACUGCACUGUAAGCGCCGCCUUGUUCAUGAUCCUCAUAGUGGACCGGAUGUUUGUAAUGUAAAUGAAGGUUCUCACAAAUGCAGAACACCAUCCCCUCUUUAAAUGUACGCAGGUAAAGAUUUGGGAUAUCCCGGUCUGUGGGGUCCUACAGAACCUUACCAAGGCCAGGAAGACCCUAACAGGUCACACCAGGAGGGUGGGGCUUAUUGAGUGGCAUCCAACAGCUGAAAACCUGCUGCUUAGCUCCGCCUAUGACUACAAGGUGAGGAUCAUCACUGGUCUGUGGGAGUGUUUGCAAAACCAAAACCCUUUUUGUAACGUGGUUUCAGUAGUAUUAAAAAUCUUUGUGUUGUACUGACAGUCAUAAAAUACUGUUAGCUGUUUUCAAACCAUUUAAAAAUAAAAAACACUCUAAUGGGGCGCUCACACCAAGCGCGAAUAAAAUCAUCUACUCGCAUAAUUUGCGCAAAUCGAGACGAGGAAAUAUUUACCUGCUCCAUUUGCGCGUCAGCGAUCAUUUGGACGGUGAUGAUCCCUACCAAUUCAAACGGCAGGAUCAAGUGAUAGACAAUGUUUUUUUUUACAAUUUACCAGGUGAUCCAACCUCCUUACUCACUUGCCUCCAGAUGAGCUCCUUUUAUUCUAGUUUCGGAAAUUGAAAGAAAAGGUUUCACAUAAUUCAGGGCUCCCACACACCAACACGAUUGGUUUGUUCUCCAUUUUAGAUACCAGUGAACAACCGUCUGUUUUCUAACGUCACCUAGCAACCUUCAUGCUGAGCAGUUAUUGCGACGCGAAUAUCCGCUCAAGUUGAGACAUUUCAGCUCCCAUCAAAUUCGCAUCUGAGUAGUAGGAGCAUCUAAUCGCGUCUUUGCAUUGACUUAACAUGUAAUUCAUUCGCGCGAAUGAUUUUACUCGCGCUUGGUGUAUGGAGACGGUAAGACAGUCCAAGAGUGAUCAGGUUGGGGGUUUUGAAUCUUACCAGCCUAGAUGAUAUGUACAAGCCCAUCAGCAAGUUCUGGGUCUACCCCCGAGGUCUUCUACUGUUUAGACAUGCCUGGAAACCUAUUAGGGGAGGUGUCCAGGAGGCAUCCUUAUCAGGAGUCACUGACCAGAGUUACCCCGUCUCUAAAGCUGAGCUCAGCCACCUCUCAUAGGAAACUCCAAUCCAGCCCAGUCCAAACACUCCUGACUUUGCCUUUUUACAUGCCAGGUCCUCCUCUGGGAUGUAUCUCAAGAUGGAGCGGUGCUCAGGUACCCUGUGCGGGUGGUUUUGAUGCCCAUCUUCCACCGAUACCCAGCAGAAGCUCUACUGCUGUCUGUCAGCUUUAACACAGAUGGCAGCAGGCUGGCGGUUGCUUCCAAAGACAGGCGUGUUAGAGUCCUCGACCCGCGAACAGGAAAGAUCCUACAGGUGGGUUUUAGGUUUUAACUGAGUCAGAUUUUUUUUCCCAUAAAACAUGAAAACCAAACGCUGUAUCACAUCUCUGCAGGUGUCCAGCAGUAAGUUCCACAGAGCCAGUAAAGUUUUAUACAUCCGAGGGUUUAAAAUGCUUCUGUCGACUGGAAGCUCACCUUGGAAUCACAGACAAGUCGUCCUCUGGGAUCCUGUAAGAAACAAUUGCAUAUGGGUAGUAGAAAAAGUCAACUGUAUCUGCCUGAAUCUUCAUGAUUGGAUAUUUUUAGAAGUACCAACGCAGAUUUAGUCUGUACCAUUCCCUCACUCCUGUGAUUGGUUUGCAGGAUGACCUUUCUGAGCCUUUGUAUGAAGAGGAACUGGAUGGAUCUGCAGGAGUCCUCUUUCCGUUCUACGACCCAGAUACUCACAUGCUCUACUUGGCCGGAAAGGUCAUAAAUACUGAAAUAUCAACUCAAAAGUUUGUCUGGAACACCUCCAUCGACAGAGGAAAACCUCGAGGGUCCCAAGUUAGUGUUGUAAUUGUGUGUUUUAGGGCGAUGGGAACAUCCGGUACUACGAGCUCAGCAGUGAGAAGCCUUACAUCAGCUUCCUGACAGAAUACAGAUCCCUGCUACCACAGAAAGGACUUGGUGAGAAACACUAAAGCCGACUGAAUGUUUUCGAUCAGAUUAGUGUCUCUAUAAUUCACUUUAAUCCUACAAAGUCAGAACUUGCUGUUUCAACGAAAGCACUUUCCUUAUUUAUAACUGCAUCCAAACAGUACAUGAUACUACAAAAGGACUGCCCUUCACUUUCUGACUUCAUUUCAGGAGUGAUGCCAAAGCGCGGCCUGGAUGUGAGCGCCUGCGAAGUUUUCAGAUUUUACCGUCUGAUCGCCAUCAAAGAUUUGGUGGAACCUCUGUCGAUGAUCGUACCACGAAAAGAGGUUUUGUUUACCUUUCUUCUCAGGCCACAGAGGAAGUAACGGGCAGAAAAGUUCAGAUUUCCUUUUGUUCUUCCAGUCAGGUGUUUUCCAAGAGGACCUGUACCCCAUGACGGCUGGAAACCAGGCUGCCAUGACGGCUCAGGAGUGGCUAUCAGGAAUGAACAGAGGUCAUUAAUAUCUGUUUGAAGAAUUGAAGACAAAUACUAGAGACACAAGAGUUUCUCACUGUCCCCCUUUGUGUCUCUAUUAGGUCCAGUACUGAUGCCACUGAAGCCAGGGACUCAAGUCCCUAAUCCUUAUCCAGAAACCCCAGCAGAAAAGGGGCAUGUGAGGAACUCCCUGAGGAUCCAGAUGGGUCCUGCUGAUGGUUCGGCAUCCAGGAUGGACCUAGACUUUAUGGAGGAGGUAUUUAGUCAUCAUGGCAAUAAAAUCCAAAUAUUAAGUACCAGAAUAAAGUCAGUAAGGCAAGUCCUAACGGGGACACAGGAUUCUGGGAGGAUGUAGAUACCAAUCUCACCUGAAGGAUCUUUUCCUGCUCUGUUUGGUUCAGUCCAGUUUGGUAUGGUUGAACCUGAUCUUUCUAGUAUUUCACAGCAGACUUUAUCCUACCCCAAUGCUUCAUACAGGAAGCUUGUUAGUGAUCCCAGAGUGAUUUGAACUUUGGUGAGUAUACUGACACCAAAGAUCUUUCAGACCACCGACAUGAGCAGCAGUUCACUCUUGAGGAUCUGUCUUCUCCUCUGAAACUCUACGAAUCUCUCGUUUGGUUGUUUAUUGUUGUAUAAAGCAGCUGAUUAUUCCUCUUAAGGCUUUCCUUGAGGAGCAGCUGGCCUACCAGGACGCCAAAUACCCCAAAGAGGUGAGUGAUCUGUCUGGGUGGCAGCCAGAUGAGACCCAGAUCCCGCUGUGGACGUACUGCUGCACUCCACACUGCUGUGAACCUGCAGAGAGACCGCCCCCUACAACUGAGAGCGAAGUAAGGCGUUAAUUAUCCGCCAUAAAGAUGAGAUGUUUGAAAAAUGAUGUCAAAGGUUUGUUCCCUCCUCUUCUUGUUAUUCCAGCUCCUUCAGGCGUUUUACAGGCAGCAAGACGAGAUCAGGGGUCUGCGAGAGCAAAUUAGUCACAAAGAUGUUAGUAUUUCAAACACAUUCAGUGGUUUUUAUGGUUCCAAAACAGGAACAUUAAGUUUAUAUUUUCUGAUCGUAAGUAUUACAGAGGAAAAGUUUCAAACUUACAGUCUCUGUUUUGCAGGUGAGGAUUUCUCAACUGGAGCUGGAGAUCAAAAAUGCAAGAAACAGCAUGAGAGCAACUUUCUAA